AAAAUAUACUAGGUUUUUCAAAUGCUUGGUUUGCUCUGGCCACAUUUAAAAAAGCACGAUUUUUCCGAUCAAAAGAGCGAGGCAUGGAAAUGUGGCGCGUGUUACAUGACCGAAAAAAGCGGGAAACUGAGAUAACCAUGUUUCCUUAUUUGAUGUGCAUAUCGCGUGCAAUCUUGUACACUUCUUGAAAUUUGAAUUUCUCGGAGGUCGAAGCUUUCCUUUUUUGCAAAAAUCACGAGGGCACCUUUUAGCAWUCUUCCCAAAAGUGUUGCGUUUUCAUUUCAAAACAAUCCAUGAAAUAUAAAUGUAACUCAGCAAAAGAAAGUCUAAUACUUUACAAUUUUACCACCACAAAGUGUCAAAAUGAUUUGAUGUUUUUUGUKCUUUUUUAAAAUUGGUUUACUUUCUGCAUACAUUAUAAUUUUUAUAUUCGACAUUUUAAGUUUAGACAUUAUUAAGACAGACGACUGAGUAAAACAGGUGCAUUGACAUYUUUAUAUGUUUCCUAGUAUGCUUAAAACAGUUGGAUGGUUGGUUGAUCGUUAAUCAAUUUGAAAGCGUUUAUAGGUUAUUGCWUUUUGCACAUAAAAUGAGMAAAAAAUCUUUUAUGGUKUAGUGGCAGUAGACGCAUUAUAAUUUUUUCAGACUUUUUCAAGCUCAACAAAUCCAAAGAAGUGAAUUGYAAAGUAAUUUCCAAGAAACACGAACUCAAAAACCGAGAAAAGUUCAGUUAAUUUGCUGUCUGAAAACAAGAUCAUUUCAAAAAUGAACAAUUCCAGCUGUAUGCAUAUGUGUAACAAGACASUGGAAGACGAUUCUCGUUUGAUUKUGAACUAUUUUAUUCUAGGUAUCAACGCUGUAAGCUCUUUAGUAGCUUCUAGUUUUAACUUCCUUGUAAUCUUCGCGUUUAUCAAGACGCCUUCGUUACGAACUUCGUCGUUCAUUCUUAUUCUCAGCCUAGCUGUUUCUGAUUUAGGUGUCGGAGUUAUUUCUCAGCCACUCUAUUGCUUAAAACUAGAAGGCAUCCUACAAGAGUACCAGUCAGAAAGAGUUGAUGUAAUAUGGGUUAUAUCUUGGUUAUUCACAGUUACAGCCAUUAAUAUAGAUCGAUAUCUUGCAGUGCGACUAAGCACGAGUUAUCAAACCAAAGUUACAACUAAACGAUCUACUAUCGCUGUAGUAUGCAUUUGGGUWUUYAGCGCUGCGUACUCUGCAAUAAUGUGGGUAUUCGAGGASUUUUUCGAUGCGACCGUURAGGUCAUUUUAGUUGCUUUCAGUGCAAUAGGAGUUGCUAUAAAUGUAGUUCUUAUAAUACAAAUAUCRAAGGCAAUACAUAAGCUUAGAGAACAAGUCCACARCCGUCAGCAAACGGCCCAGCAAAACUUAAACCUAGAUAGAUACCAGAGAUCAGUGAACACCAUGUAUUGUAUCAUGGUUGCCUUGGUUGUUUGCUAUUUGCCGCCAGCGAUUACUGCCGGAGCGAUGCCCAAUAUURAAAAGUCRUACGAGCGCUAUGUGAUUGAYUCAUUUGCUACGACGCUCGUUUUUGUCAAUAGCUCUAUUAACCCGUUUAUAUACUGCUGGAGAAUUCACGAAAUAAGGAACUCAAUUAGGAAGUUGCUGCGCUGUGGAGAAUAAAUUUAGAAUGGAAUAUAAUGAACAACAACUUUUUAAUAAUGUCGUGAAUUGAAAUAUGAUGUAAACAUAUUGAAAUGAUGUAAAAUAUGUGAAAAAUAAAAGACAACUUACAGCAAUAAUAAAUAAAUAUGAAAAAUAAAA